GGUGACUCUCAAAUGUCAUACUACGCUGUACCACGACGGUAAAGUAGGCAACGUAUAAUUUUUCACGUGAUCGGGCACCGUAAUGCUAUAACUUUUGUAAUUAUUUGACAAGUAUCAACUGUCUUUUAACAACGGGAUAUUUUGCAUAGUAUCUGCUAUAUUUAUUGUCUUACAGUGGGAAAUAUACCUGUCCUUUGACCUACAGCAUCGAUUAAAUAUUACGGUAUUCAAAAUGGUGAGAAACUUUCGACUAGACUCACUAGGAAGUACACACAGCGAUCUGAAGGCCGGUGACUUUCUGGCAUACUUGCACUGGCGGAUAAAUUUCCAUUGCAUUCAGACUCAGACAACACCGGACUGUGUACCAAAGCCAAACCAAAGGGAGUGUAUCUUAGAGCUAGACACCAGGGACUCAAUACACCGGCUUAGGGAAAUGUUUAUCAGGACAGGAUUCCAUCACGCGACUGAAGGUAGAAGAAACAUAUCACUCCAUUCCAAUCAUUAAUUUAUUUCCAGUGACAACCAUUGUUACAAUAGUGACAUGUCACAUUUCUAUCCAUGCAGUAAAUGUUUCAGUUUCUGCAGUGAUAUCUAUGUCAACAUAACUUAUCUACGAACGAUUGGUUAUAUUUAUUGAUUAUUUUCCAAACUGUUCAAAAGAGAAAAGUGAUUUAAAAAAAAAAUUAAUCAACAACUUAUUUUAAGAACAUGCACUUCCAAUGUGUUGGCUUACAGCACAGCCAGGCAACUGCUGAUCUCAAAGUGAUAGUUGCACGUCCUGCGCCCUAACGUUACAGCCUUAUGACGUCACAUCAACCACACAAGAAAGUGAUCACGUGUGUAGUUUUAUGACGUCACAUCCAGCAGAGGACAGCCUGAUCCUAUGCCAUUACGCUUCACGGCUCGUGGCGAAACUUCGCAGAAAUAUCUCCAAGUCGAGAGAGUUCCGUUGGCAUGGAAGCUGUGUAAACAAUGGCGUAAGUACCUGCACGUUUUGUAAACGAUUCGAAUAGUUUAGUCUUCUUCUCAUCGACCGAAUGACUCUCACUAGCUGUCCGGGGGGGGGGGGGGGGGGGGAAGCCAGGGCGCUUGGGGGGCCCGACGGGAGGAAAAUAUUGUAUGGCUNUACCUGCACGUUUUGUAAACGAUUCGAAUAGUUUAGUCUUCUUCUCAUCGACCGAAUGACUCUCACUAGCUGUCCGGGGGGGGGGGAGGGAGGGAAGCCAGGGCGCUUGGAGAGCCCUACGUGAGGAAAAUAUUGUAUGGCUCAGCUUAGCAGAUGGAGCUGGUUGCCAAUGUACUAUAGUCGGGGUCAUAAGAGGGUAAUCUCAGACCCUCACCAGAAUUUAAAGAACUAGAUCUAUACUGCGAUGGAAAGAGCAUGUUCGAAAGAUGUUAAAUGAUGUUUUAAUGAAAAAAAAAAUAAUGAGAACAAUUCUUAUAUUUUCAAUAGCUGUCAUUUGAGUACUAAAAGCUGUUCUUAGAUUCGAAAAAAAAAUUAUAAAUAAAUAAAAAUUAACCGUGCCUUGUCUGCUUGUGAUCUCUUUGAUGUAACUUUACUUUUAACAUCACGAACAUCAUGAACACCAUGAACAUCACGAAGAUCAUGAACAUCAUUAACAUCACGAACAUCACGGCCAUCAUUAACAUCACGAACAUCAUGAACAUCACGAACAUCAUUAACAUCACGAACAUCAUGAACAUCAUUAACAUCACGAACAUCACGAACAUCACGAACAUCACGAACAUCACGAACAUCAUGAACAUCAUGAACAUCAUGAACAUCACGAACAUCAUUAACAUCACGAACAUCAUGAACAUCACGAACAUCACGAACAUCAUUAACAUCACGAACAUCAUUAACAUUACGAACAUCACGAACAUCAUUAACAUCAUUAACAUCACGAACAUCAUUAACAUCACGAACAUCACGAACAUCAUUACCAUCACGAACAUCAUUAACAUCACGUACAUCAUUAACAUCACGAACAUCACGAACAUCAUGAACAUCAUGAUCAUCACGAACAUCAUGAACAUCACGAACAUCACGAACAUCACGAACAUCACGAACAUCACGAACAUCAUGAACAUCACGAACAUCAUUUACAUCACGAACAUCACGAACAUCAUCACGAACAUCAUGAACAUCAUGAACAUCAUGAACAUCACGAACAUCAUGAACCUCAUCAACAUCACGAACAUCAUGCGUUUGUUUUUGUUGUUGUGUGGUAACUUUGUUUCAAAGUAAAGGCUUUCUAACUGAUUCAGCUUGCCAGUGACCCACAAGUCUCUACAAAAUUGUAUACGAUAUGUACUCAUUAAUUUUUGGCCCUUCGCGUGCCAUUAAAAAUCCCCGUGUUUUCCACGCCUGACACGCGUGCCGUAUGUUUCAGACCUCUACGUUCCUCCAUUACUGGUGCGCCCACCAGAGAAUCCGCCUGUGAUAUGGGCCUCGCCUUUCAGCGCCCCAACCGUUCUUACGGCAUGGACACGACACUAAAAGAAAGAAACUUCAAGAAAAUAUCUCAGCUUUAAACUGAUAUAACAUUAAACUCUGAAAUAUACAAAGCAAUAUACUGUUAUACCAUAUAUUAUAAAGAAGGAGAAAUAUUAUAUUAAUGUUGCUUAUAUUAUUUCCCGCUAUUUUCGACCUUUUUACUAUUCCCCAGUCAUCCGUCUCCUCAUAUCCCUGCCUACCACUUCCCGCCCCUGCCUACCACUGCCUACUACUUCCCACCACUUCCUACCACUGCCCAUCACUUCCCACCACUUCCCACCACUUCCUACCACUGCCCAUCACUUCCCACCACUUCCCACCACUGCCUACCUCUGUCCACCACUGCCUACCUCUGUCCACCACUGCCUACCUCUGCCCACCACUGCCUACCUCUGUCCACCACUGCCUACCUCUACCCACCACUGCCUACCUCUAUCCACCACUGCCUACCUCCUCCCACCCACCACCACUUCCUACCCCUGCCCACCACUUCCUACCCCUGCCCACCACUGCCUACCCCUGCCCACCACUGCCUACCUCUGCCCACCACUGCCUACCUCUGCCCACCACUGCCUACCUCUGCCCACCACUGCCUACCUCUGCCCACCACUGCCUACCUCUGUCCACCACUGCCUACCUCUGUCCACCACUGCCUACCUCUGUUCACCACUGCCUACCUCUGUCCACCACUGCCUACCUCUGUCCACCACCCCUGCCUACCAACCGAGUUACUUCAAGGCCAACGCUCGGUGUGUACAAGAAGCGACGAUCACACACGCACACAUUUCCAUUUCUUUAAGUUCUCGAUCAAUGAUUGCGCAUCGAUACGUUAGGCGUGGCAUUCAUUCCGCAAACAUUACCGUACACAGUACACGUACAUCUGUACAUUGAAUCUUGGGGCGUGGCUCUCGAAAUGGGUGGCUUUUUUUGUUGAAUUGGGAAGGUGUGCCUUCUGAAAUGACUUCUGUCAGUCUAAAAAGAACUUUCGGUACAUCGGCAAUUAUUUUUUUUUUUAAACCAUGGAAAACAGAAAGUUCUUGAGUGUAACAUGGAUAGCAAAUUUGACUUUCUGAAAACAUUAAGAUAGCGCUUACAUAUGUUUUCAUCGUUAAUAAAAGAUGUGGAUUAAAAAAAACAACAACAAUUCUGUGAAGUACUGUUAGGUUUGUUGUGAAGAGAACUCUCUACACUUGAAGGAAAUCAUUGCUGUCUGGAUUGCGAUGAAAUUCAAAGGUAAAAAAAAAAAGAAUAAAUUUAAAUAAUGAAACUUCAAAGGUAUUGGGACUAAGGCAAAACUGACCACAAUAAAAAUGCUUUUGACCUAAUUAAAACUGGCCAGGUGGACGUUGAGUGUCCGUGGGCAAAAAGUAUUGUUAAGACAGAAACAAAUGAUGUUUACAUGGAAGAUGCAGGUCGCCGUCAACAAAACAAGUUUGAGUCUGGGCCACCGCUGUAGUAAGUAAACAAACCUGAUUGUGUUAGUGGUACGAGGGGGGUACAAAAGACAUAUGACGGCCACGGUAAACAUGGUAACAGGGGGUAAAAAAGACAUACGGCGCCCAUGGUAAAGAACUAAAAAUUUCGCCCGUAUCAAGCUUGAGAAACCCCCUUUUUUUAAAUAUAUGAUUAAGAUUUACCGCAUGUAAGGCUGCACAAGGUGGCAGAUAAGAGUGGACCAUUUGAGAUUAUUCACUAUAGCUGAACUAUCGCCAGAGCUGAACUGUCACUACAGCUUGACUAUCACCACAGCAAAACUCUCGCCACAUCUGAACUAUCACCACAGCUGAACUAUCACCACGGCUGAACUGUCGCCACCGCUGAACUAUCGCCACCGCUGAACUAUCGCCACAGCUGAACUAUCUCCACAGCUGAACUAUCGCCACAGCUGAACUAUCGCCACAGCUGAACUAUCGCCACAGCAGAACUAUCGCCACAGCUGAACUAUCGCCACAGCUGAGCUAUCCCCACAGCUGAACUAUCGCCACAGCUGAACUGUCGCCACCGCUGAAUUAUCGCCACCGCUGAACUAUCACUAACUGAACUAUCGCCACAGCUGAACUAUCACCACAGCUGAACUAUCGCCACAGCUGAACUAUCGCCACAGCUGAACUAUCGCCACAGCAGAACUAUCGCCACAGCUGAACUAUCGCCACAGCUGAGCUGUCCCCACAGCUGAACUGUCGCCACAGCUGAACUGUCGCCACCGCUGAAUUAUCGCCACCGCUGAACUAUCACUACAGCUGAACUAUCGCCACAGCUGAACUAUCACUACUGCUUGGCAUCUAAUAAGCUAAAAACAAAUAAAGCGCAGCAUUAUUCGUCCGGCCCGCCGAUUUAGCGGUCCCCCUUAUGUGGAGCACACGGCAAUGGUGGGCUUAGCAACAUUGCUAGUACGCCCCUGAGUGCUACUAAUGUAGUAAUUACGUAGUAGGAGUAAAUAGCCUCAAGACAUGUCAGUUCAACUGCCCGUUGAAUAGUUAAAUAACCUCGUGACUUGUCAGUUCAACUGCCAGUUGAAUGAGUAAAGAUCCUUUUUAAGUUUCAUUUAUUUUGACAACUGACAAAACCCGGUUGUAAAAGAUUAAAAGUCAUGUAUCAAAGGGUGUAAAUCAACCAUUAUCAUGUCAUCUGUCAACAACCGUCCUCAUAAACUAGCUGUUAUUAUGUCAUGUUAAGAUGAAGCUCGGUGUAGAUAGUAGACUUCUGCAGGUACAGAUUCGCGCCAGGAGUUCACCCAUUAUCUCAAUGAGGGGUUUGAAACAAACAAAUUGUUGGCCUUAAGAGACGCUCAAAAUGGAUGCUGAAUCCCCCCCCCCCUCUUGUAUACCAAACAAUGUUUGAAUGGGCAACUUUAGGCAAGCCUGUGACGGUGUCUGUCAAUGUAUUCGUAUGUAAUCGUACAACAUGAACGCAACAAACACAAUAAUAAAACAAUCUUGCUGUAUGUUCACUGACAGACAGCACGCUUUAAACACAUACAUUUUAUUCAUGAGAUUCUAAAAAAAAAAAUAAUAACAUAAAAAAAAAAAUCUAUAAAUACACAAAUGAGCAGGUGUGGUCAGUAGGUCCAUUCAAAGGUAAGGUGUGACUUUCAAGUUCUUCACGGUCAUCAUUUUGUCCCAUUCCGUUAGUUGGCUUGUCGCUUGACUAAGUUUUACGACCGUGGAGAUGGAAUGCAUAUGUUUCUAUUCACCGUGUGCGCGCACCGGGCCAUACAUAACCCUCGAAGUGGAGGGACCGUCCCAAUGCAACUGUUGUUUACACGCAGUCAGUGGGGCGUCUCAAUCCACCAGGUAGGUCGCAGGCGGGUGUGUGUGUGUAGCCAACAGUCUUUGAAUGGAAGGCCCAGGAAGAUUGGAAAUGCGUGUUCGGAUAGACCUGAACAGCUCUAAGAUCUAUUCACUGCGUGAACGUGGAUGUUAUGUGCGAGAUAAAUAUCCGUGAUCCACAUUAACACGGCGGUAUCAAAGCGAGAAAAAUGGCGACACGACUAAUGUGACAGUGCCCUCAGAAUAAAUUUAGCCAUCCACGUAGUGAUAAUAACAUGUAUCCCAAUAUCAUAUCAUUAAAUGCGGAUAUCUACAAAGUGAUGCUAAAAUUAAUAUAUGGAUAUCUACAAAGUGAUGUGAAAAUAUUCGUGUGAAUCUCUAAUCUACAAAGUGAUACUACAAUAUAGAUAUAUGCAUCACCAUAGUGAUACUAUUUUUUUAAACGAUAUCUUGAAUAUUAAUAAUUAAAAAAUAGUUAUAAAUACCAGCUGAUGAAACAAUAUGGAUGGAUUCAAAGUUAUAACAACUUAUAUGUAACCUUUAAAAAAAUCUAGGCGCUGAUGAACGGAUACAUAUCUUUGAUAUGAAGUCCUAGGAAUAAAAAAUAAAGUCUCUUUAAAUUGGUCUACAACGAGACGAGACGAGAUUUUCGAUGAAAACAUUGAAACGUUUAAUCAGUGAGUAAAACAUAGAAUGUAUGGUCUUAAAUAGGAAUCUUCAGACUUAACACAUUUUUCAUUUGAUUCAACAAAUACCACACAUAAGAACAGAACAUAUAAUAUGUGUGAUGUGAUAAACAACAUGGAGGAGGUGGCUUGUGUGCUAAUAGUACCUGGGUCACCCUGGGUCACCCAAUUGUUACUGCCUCUCUAGGACAUGAUAAACGCCUCUGGCUUAGAGUUUAGAGGGUUGCUAAAUGCAAAAAGGAAAUACUUGAUCAACGACUUUGGCAGCUGCUCUCAACCUGUGGGUCGCAACCCCUUUGGGAGUCGAACGACCCUUUCCCAGGGGUCGCCUAAGAUCAUCGGAAAACGCAUAUAAUCUACAGAUAUGAAGUAGCCACGAAAAUAACUUUCUGGAAGGGGGUUGCACAACAUGGGGAGCUGUAUUAAAGGAUCGCGGCAUUAGAAAGGUUGAGAACCACUGGCUAAGAGGGUUGCCAGAUGCGAAAAUUAAAGACUUGAUCGACGCCUUUGGCUCAGAGGGUUGCCAGAUGCAAAGAUGAAAGACUUGAUCGACGCCUUUGGCUCAGAGGGUUGCUAGAUGCAAAAAUUAAAGACUUGAUCAACGACUUUGGGUUAGAGGGUUGCCAGAUGCAAAAAUGAAAGACUUGAUCAACGACUUUGGGUUAGAGGGUUGCCAGAUGCAAAAGUGAAAGACUUGAUCAACGACUUUGAGUUAGAGGGUUGCCAGAUGCAAAAAUGAAAGACUUGAUCAACGACUUUGGGUUAGAGGGUUGCCAGAUGCAAAAGUGAAAGACUUGAUCAACGACUUUGGGUUAGAGGGUUGCCAGAUGCAAAAGUGAAAGACUUGAUCAACGACUUUGGGUUAGAGGGUUGCCAGAUGCAAAAGUGAAAGACUUGAUCAACGACUUUGGGUUAGAGGGUUGCCAGAUGCAAAAGUGAAAGACUUGAUCAACGACUUUGGGUUAGAGGGUUGGAAGAUGAAAAAAUUGCAAAAAAAAAAAUAAAAAAAAUAAAAAAAAAAAAAAAAUAGAAAAAGAAAAAUGAACAAUUCACACACAGAAUAAGUACAGCUACUGGCUGCUGCACACCACUACACGUCUCACAACGGCCAGACAACUACAUCCAGACAAGUACGGAUAACCCCAACAUAUAUGUCUUUAAUUACCUAAAUACAUUUUGUUACACAAUGUUUACACGUGUUCAUUUCUUCAAUUUCUUUCAGGCCUCCGUCAGGCCAUUGUCCUACUGAUAUGGAUAUGUGCUUCUCUGUACAUAUGGGUGCACAACCAGACCCCCUGCGACCCCAGAACAGCGGGCAGUGGUCAGUUCCCGAAAGAAUCGGCCUUCAAAGUCACAGAAGACGACGCCGAUUUCUUCCCGUCGGACAGAGUUCCCGACCAGACGGACAGCUUCUUCACGCAAGGUUUCAAAACGGAAGUGCUCUUCGUCAAUGAAGCACGUCCGUGGAUGCCGCCCAACCCGCCGGAACUCAAGCCGAUCACGGGCCACAAGAGCCCGUCACAAAAUAUUUCGGCGCUGGAACUUGAGAGCGAGGGCGUGACGUACGUCACCGCUCUUCAGAAGCAAUGGAUCGGUUUCCCGGAGAUCGCCGGCCGGGAUUGUCCGACGGCGCUCUACUCCAAGACCAACAACAGCUUCUUCCCCCAGCAGGUCAGGCGCCUCAGGCCCAGCGAGUACCGAGCCGCCAGCGCCGACUGCUACGCCUUCAGGCAGAGGUUCGGCUUCAGCCGACACCCCAAAGUGUCCAACGAGGAGAAGUAUUUUCCCAUCGCUUUCAUCAUUUUAUUUUAUAAGGAUCUCGACCAGGUGAGUCGGACGGUACACUUUUCAAGCAGUCGCUCUCAUAAAAUAAAGAUUAAAAUGUGUGGCCAGUGCGUUGUGAGUGUUAAGACAGUUAAUGUAUUCAUGACUCUGUUUGAAUUUUAACAAACGAAACUAACUUAGAGUCUCAUUUCACAAAUGAAAGGUAUGUAAAGUCUCAUUUCACAAAUGAAAGGAAGGUAGAGUCUCAUUUCACAAAUGAAAGGACGGUAGAGUCUCAUUUCACAAAUGAAAUAAAGGUAGAGUCUCAUUUCACAAAUGAAAGGAAGGUAGAGUCUCAUUUCACAAUUGAAAUAAAGGUAGAGUCUCAUUUCACAAAUGAAAGGAAGGUAGAGUCUCAUUUCACAAAUGAAAUAAAUGUAGAGUCUCAUUUCACAAAUGAAAGGACGGUAGAGUCUCAUUUCACAAAUGAAAUAAAGGGAGAGUCUCAUUUCACAAAUGAAAUAAAGCUAGAGGCUCAUUUCACUUUAUUUGGCUCACCUUUAAACCAAUGAGAAAAUAAGUGUCAUUCGUUAUUGAUACAUCAGAUGAUCGUACUACCACAUCCAUGUUGGCUACAUAUUAUUGGAUAUUACUCUGUUAGUUUUGUAAGCCUGUUCAAAUUAUUCUGGUAAGUGCCCUACACAUAGUUGACUAAACACAGACAUUGUAUGCUAAAAAAGUAUUAACUAAACACAGACAUUGUAUGCUAAAAAACUAUUAACUAAACACGAUAAUUGUAAAAGAAAAAAGUGUUGACUAAUCAAGAAAAUUGUAUCCUUAAACGUGUUGACUGAACACGACAAUUGUAUACGAAUCCCUCAUUUAACAAACACGUUCUUUAUCGUCUGCUCCCAAAGGUCCUGUUCCUCCUGCGCGCCAUCUACCGUCCACACAACGUCUACUGCCUGAGCGUGGACACCAAGUCCAGCAUUGAGUUUCUGGAGGCUGUCCGGGCUGUGGUCAGAUGUCUGCCAAAUGUGUUUGUUGCCAGCAAGCUGGAGAACAUCGUGUACGCCGGGUUCUCCCGGCUGAUGGCGGAUAUUGACUGCAUGGAAGAUCUGCUUCAACAUCCGGUCAGAUGGAAAUACGUCAUCAACAUGCCGGGGCAGCAGUUCCCCUUACGGUAAUCGGAUGCCAAUGUUAGCAGACUUGAAAAUGAUCACGAUAAGUUAUGCUGUUGUGUCAAAGAACAAGAAGCAAACCAAAGACACAUGCAGAAUAUUAUAGACAUAUGUAGCAUACUUGGUCAAUUGAUGUGACGUGUAGCACGCUCGGUAAUUUGAUGUGACAUGUAGCACUCUUGGUCUUUUGAUGUGGCAUGAAGCACAUUUGGUCAUUUGGUGUGACAUGCAGCACACUUGGUAAUUUUAAGUGACAUGCAGCGCACUUGAUAAUUUGAUGUAACAAAAAGCACACAUUAUCAUUUGAUGUGACAUGUAGCACACUUGGUCAUUUGAUGUGACUUGUAGCACUUGUUCAUUUGAUGUGACAUGCAGCGCACUUGGUCAUUUGAUGUGACACUUAGCAGACUUGGUCAUUUGAUAUGAUGUGUAGCACACUUGGUCAUUUGAUGUAACAUGUAGCACACUUCAUCAUUUGAUGUGACAUGUAGCACACUUGGUCAUUUGAUGUGAAAUGCAGCACACUUGGUCAUUUGAUGUGACAUGUAGCACAUUUGGUCAUUUGAUGUAACGUGUAGCACACUUGGUAAUUUGAUGUGACGUGUACAGAUUGCCAUGGUGGAGAUUCCUAUCAUUAUUUGAUGCACUGAUUCCCUGUUUAGUCUCUUGCUGUUUCUAGACCUCGGAGAUUCACUGCUAUCAUGUAUCAUCGUUGUGAGAACUAUAGAUAUAGUGGCAAUGAGAACUAUAGAUAUAGUGGCAAUGAGAACUAUAGAUAUAGUGGCAAUGAGAACUAUAGAUAUAGUGGCAAUGAGAACUAUAGAUAUAGUGGCAAUGAGAACUAUAGAUAUAGUGGCAAUGAGAACUAUAGAUAUAGUGGCAAUGAGAACUACAGAUAUAGUGAUAAUGAGAACGAUAUAUAUAGAAGAAAUGAGAAACAUAUAUAGUGGCAAUGAGAACCAUAGAUAUAGUUGCAAUAUGAAACACAUAUAGUGGCAAUGGGAAACUUAUAUUGUGGCAAUGAGAAACAUAUAUAGUGGCAAUGAGAAACAUAUAUAGUGGCAAUGAGAAACAGAAAUGACUUCAGUUCGUUAUAUCAUUUCACAGUUACUAUAUCUAUAGUUGUAACAAUUCCAUAUUUUGUUGUGUUGCAGAACCAAUCUAGAGCUGGUGCGGAUAUUGAAAUUGUACAAUGGAGCAAAUGACAUCGAAGGCCUUGUCGGGGAUAUGCUUGUGGCAGACAGAUAUUUGUACAAACAUACAUAUGUUAUAGACCCAGAAACGGGUAGGUUAACACAUACAUAUCUUAUAGACCUGUACAUACAUUAUAGACUAGGGACGUGAAGAGGAUUUUUGGGUCCCGAGCGAAUCAAAAUUUGCCCCCCCCCCUUUUCCCCGAUGUCAAAAUAAUUGUAUCAAUGGUAAUUGUAUACAAAAAAAUAAAUAAAUAAAAAAAUCGCUCUUUGGAGCCCCGAUGCGGGCAGGGCCCCGAGUGGGUUACUCGGUUGGCUCUGCACGGUCCUGGCAUAAACCAGUACACAGGUUGAUAAAUAUGUACACAAUGUCUCUGAUAUGGUGUAAUCGUGAACAAGAUUAAUCCGGUGAAUAAAUAGAUAAUGCUACCCAGUGGCGUAACUAGGGUUAGUGCCGCACGGUGCGAGCAGAGAUUUUUGCUGGCCCCCAUCUACGACAAAACCAACAAAACCUAGUUAUUACCCGAAAAUGCAGCGUCUCAUAUUAAUUUAAAAAAACUGGCCUCCCCCCCACCCGGUGGGGCGUUCCGCGCCCCUUCCUACGUCACCGGUGCUACCUUUUCUCCAGGUGAGAUAUUUUUUUUUGGUCUAGCACCUUUUCUCCAGGUGAGAUAUGUUUCUUUUUGAUCCUGUACCUUUUUAUCCAGGUGAGAUGGGUAUCUUUUUGGUCAUGUAACUUUUUAUCCAGGUGAGAUAUGUAUCUUUUUGACCCUGUACCUUUUUAUCCAGGUGAGAUAGGUAUCUUUUUGGUCAUGUAAGUUUUUAUACAGGUCAGAUUGCUAUCUUUUUUUUCUUGUACCUUUUUCUCCAGGUGAGAUAUGUAUCUUUUUUUCUUGUACCUUUUUCUCCAGGUGAGAUAUGUAUCUUUUUUUCUUGUACCUUUUUCUCCAGGUGAGAUAUGUAUCUUUUUUUUUUUUUUCUUGUACCUUUUUCUCCAGGUGAGAUAUGUAUCUUUUUUUCUUGUACCUUUUUCUCCAGGUGAGAUAUGUAUCUUUUUUUCUUGUACCUUUUUCUCCAGGUGAGAUAUGUAUCUUUUUUUUCUUGUACCUUUUUCUCCAGGUGAGAUAUGUAUCUUUUUUCUUGUACCUUUUUCUCCAGGUGAGAUAUGUAUCUUUUUUCUUGUACCUUUUUCUCCAGGUGAGAUAUGUAUCUUUUUGAUCUUGUACUUUUUUCUCCAGCGAGAAAUGUAUCUUUUUGGUCUUUUAACUUUUUCUCCAGGUGAGAUGAAAGUGAAAAAGCUGUAUCAGCCCAACGACCCCCCACCCCAUGGCCUGGAGAUGGUCAAGGGCAGCACCUACGGGACAUUCGCGCGAGCGUUCAUCGAGUUUGCUCUGCACGACAAGGUGGCCCAGGAUUUCCUGCAGUGGUGCAAGCUGAUCAAGAGCCCGGAUGAGUAUUUCUGGGGAACUCUACAACACAGCAAGACAAUAAAUGUACCUGGGGGAUUUAAAGGCAAGUGACAUUUGACCAACUGCUUGACAUACAGCUUUAGCUUCAAUGAAGAUUUAUUUCUUUACACGAUCUACACAAUAAACCAUUAAGGACUUAUGCAAAAUAUUCACAAUAAAUGCCUUAUUUUUCGCAACAUCAUUUAUACUCAAACCCUUUAUUAGUUUUCUAUUAAAUAUACGCCAUAAACUAUUUAUUACUCUUGAAGAAUAUUCACAUGCAACAAUUUAUUUACACAAAAUACCAAAUAAAAGAUGUAUCCCCCUUUGCGCCUAAUGUUUAAUAAACAAUUAUCUCCCUUUACGAGCCAAAUCGAUUUAUUAUUUGAAAUAUUGAUCAUUUGUGUCCCUUACGCCCAAAGACCCGCUAACCAAACACAACUGUUUGUCCACCUCUCUACUCAGGUCACCCUCACAAAAAGCCCUGGCUGACGUCCUACUCCCUGUGGGUCACCAACCCGAACUUCAAGUGCGCCACAAUCUACGUCCAUAAAAUCUGCAUCCUGUCUCCGGAAGACUUCCCCUUGUUCAUCCACCGCGGCCAGCUGUUCGCCAACAAGUUCUACAUCACCCACCACCCGGCCGCGCUCCACUGCCUGGACGAGCUCCUCUACAACCAGACGCUGACGGGGAGGACGCGCGACCUGACGUUCUACAAAAAUCUGCCGUUCGCCCCGAAGGCGAGCAAGGACAGGCACCGCAGCGACAAGACGGCCGCGCCAUAGUCGCGACAGCAGCGCCAUAGUCACGACAGCAGCGCCAUAGUCACGACAGCUGUGCCACAGACGUGACAGCUGUGCCAUAGUCGCGACAGCAGCGCCAUAGUCGCGACAGCAGCGCCAUGGUCGCGAUGGCUGAGCCAUAGUCACGACGGCUGAGCCAUAGUUGCGACGGCAGCGCCAUUGUCGUGACAGCUGCCCCAUAGUCGUGACAGCUGCGCCAUAGUUGUGACAGCUGUGCCAUAGUCGUGACAGAUGAGUAAUGGUUGUUUCAGCUCAGCAGGAUUAUGACUUCUGAUUUGAAAAAAAAAUACUUGUGACAAGUAACUUGUGGCUGUGACAUCUGAUAAAUAUUUGUCACAACUAAGGUAACGGUUGUGACGGCUGAGCAAGAUAUGACAUGUGAUAGAUACCCGUGACUACCAACGUAUGGCUGUGACAGCUGAUGCAUGGUUAUGGCAAUCGCUGAACGCCUGUGACGGCUGAGAGACGACGGCUGUGACAGUUAAAGGACAGGCGUGGAGAGUCCGACAGGGUUGUGACAGCUAAAACAGAUCGUAGGCUGUGACAACUUAACAAUGGUUCUUAUGUUGUGACAGCUGAGUUAGGUUUUUGCAUAUGUCACGUGAAUGUGACAUCAUAGCAGUCUUUUUUUUUCGCGGGUGUACACCUUUUAGAAUACCGUCUGCAAAUUUUUCUCGGAAAAGAAUAGAUUCCAGCUUUGCUCAAAUAAAUUUGGUCUUGAUGUUGAUACUACAAAUAUUUGAUACCUUAUGUGGAGUUUUGAACUCAGUGCAGUGUACGCUGUGCCCAGCUUAGUACAACUCAAGUGCAGUGUACUCUGUUCCAAGCUUAGUACAACUCAAGUGUAGUGUACUCUUUGCGCAGCUUAGGACUACUUAAGUGCAGCUGAACAAUGGUUAGAACACUACCAAAAUGGUUUUGACAGUACCAAAAUGGUUGUGACAGUACCAAAAUGGUUGUGACAGUACCAAAAUGGUUGUGACAGUACCAAAAUGGUUGUGACAGUUCAAAAUUAGUUUUGUGCAGCGGUUUGAUGAUUGUGACAUUUGAUGUGCCUGGAUGGUCGAGAAGUUGUUUUAGAGUAGUGGCAUUCAUGUGACAGCUGAGAAACAGUUGUGACAGCUGAGAAACAGGUGUGACAGCUGAGAAAUAAUCGUGACAGCCAAGCAAUGAAUGUGACAGUAUAGAAAAAUAAUGUUGGGGAACACACUGGAUCUCAGGAUUGUAAGCACUGAAUGCAUGGAUGCAAGCACUGGAUGUAUGGAUGUAAGCUCUGGAUCUCUGUAUGUAAGCUCUGGAGGCAUGGACGUAAGCACUGGAUUUAUGAAUGUAAGCACAUGAUGCAUGGAUGUAUGGAAAAAUGUCUGGGUGUGUUAUAUUUAGGUGCUAUUGCGCAUGCUUAAUAAAAAUCU